AUGGGUAAUUCCAAUGAAUGGGUGGCAAGCUGUAAACGGAUCAACACAGAGAAUUUACCAACAAAGCUGUUAACAACCGUUGAUUUCGAAGAAGAUGAAGAACAACGUGACGAUGAUCUUAGCUCAAAAGUAUUAAGCACUUAUAUUAUGGCUAAAUCUGCUAUUGCGAAUAAUUCAAAUAUUAGCCCGAUUGGAAGUCACUUAUUAUAUAGUGAGCUUCAACAUAAAUACAAUAUUUACCGGCAAAUAAUCAAUUAUCUUUCUUCGCUACCAUCAAUUCUCACUGAUAACGAAAUUCAAAAACCAAUUUUUAUAUGUGGUUUAGCACGGAGUGGUACAACAUUACUUUAUAAUCUAUUAGCUUGUGAUACAAAUGGACGUGCACCAUUAUUAACUGAUAUGCUUACCCCUAUCCCACCGCUGAAACGAACUGACUAUGCUGAACACCAAGAAAAAUUGAAAUCAUUAAAGUCAUUAAAUAUUGAUCAUAUAAUACCUGGCUCAGAUACAGAACGAACUCAAUCCCAUCCUGUAUUCAGUAUUGAGGAAGAUUCAAGGAUUACAUUCUAUACUGGUCAUAAUUUUCUUUAUUUCAUACUUUGCCCGAUAAAAAGUCAAAUAUCCGAGUAUGAAAAAUGGUAUUUGGAUGAACAUGAUAAAGAAUUUGUUUAUGAAUUUCAUAAGCUGUUUUUAAAAAUGCUUCAGUCUGUUGAUAAACCAAUAUCACAUUGGAUAUUAAAAUGUCCGACUCAUGCACUUACACUACAAACAUUAUUAAAAUAUUAUCCGAGUGCAUCGAUAAUAGUGGCUGAUCGUGAUUUAAAAGAAGUUUUACCAUCUGUAGCAAGACUUUUAGCAGCAUACACUUUUUACUAUUAUUCAAAUGAAACGUUAAAGUUAAAAGCAAUGGGUAUGCGAACCUUGCAAAUAUUUGAUAAACUGGUUGAUAAUAUUUUGCAAUUUGGAAAUGAAAACAAACGAAUACUACAUGUUAAAUAUCAGGAUCUCAUGAAAAAUCCAAUUGAUGUUGUUCAUCGAAUCUACGAACAUUUUGGUUAUCGAUUAACAUUAGAUUUUGAUCAAAAAAUGGAAAGAUGGCUAAUUGAUAAUCCACAAGGUGCACAAGGGAGAAAUGAUUACAAUUUAGAACAAUUUGGCUUAGAUGCAGAAGAAAUUGAUAAACGAUAUGAGAAAUAUUCGAAACUCUUUCUUUAG